AUGUAUCCUCCCACAGCUGAGGAGCGGCAGUCGUGGAAGGGCGGCCGGACAGGUAGCGCGCGUUAUCGAAUCAGGAUGCUGUGGCUGUUAGUGGUCAGUUUGGCGCUCUGUGCCCAUGGCCAGGAGCAAGGCUACUACGAGAGCUACCAGGCCCACCGGCAAGCCAAUCUGAACCAGUUCAGCGGACGGCCAGAUUCUGCCGGGACAUUUGUCCGGUUCGGCAGCGGUGGCGCCUCUGGCGGCAGCUCUGGCGCCUCUGGCGGCGGCUCUGGCGCUUCUGGAUCUGGGGCCACCGGAGGAUCAGGCGGCGACAGCGUUGUCACUGAAACUACCACGGGCGGGUUCGCAGUCUUCAGACCAUCCGGAGGUUCCGGCGCUUCCGGAGGCUCCGGCGCUUCCGGCGGCGCCGGCUCCUCUGGAGGUUCCGGCGCCGGCUCCGUCUCUGGGCGGUUCUCCGGCCCCGCUCUCGACGCGUCCUUCUCGUGCCCCACCUCGACGCGCAUAGUUACCAGCACCAGGUUCGCGUACACCACGUCCACCAACCAGCUCCACGCUGUGGACGCGACUGUCCAGACGAAGUACGUGACUGCCACCGUGCUUCGGCCCACGCCCUUCACGAUCACCCACUACGUGACCCAGGUCAACCCCGGGAACAUCGGCACCGCCCAGAGGAUCAUCACAAACACCGCCUACAGGGUGGCGACCAACUUCCUGGUCGAGACCCGGCUGCGGACUGUGACCGAUCACGUCUCCUUCACGGAUACAGUAAACAACUACGUGACGGUGACCGUCACUGUGCCGGUGCAGACGACGGUGACGGCAGUCAUGACCACCUUCAAGACGUUCGUCACGUCCAGCACUUUCGUACGGACCGAGCUGCGCACGGUGACGCGCACGCGCACGGCCGUGACGACGAGCGUCGUGUUCGAUGGCACAUCGGUGGUCAACACCGAGUACCGCACACUGCGCACCACCAUCACGAGAGAUGUGUUCAGCACGCUGCCGACCUUCACCCAGACGCAAACUGUGACUGUGUGCGACCUCUUCACCGUCGGUCAGUCUGGUGACAGCACAGUCCGUUUUGGUAGUUCUUCCGGUAGUUCUUCCGGUAGUUCUUCCGGUAGUUUUUCCUCCGGUAGUUCUUCCGGUAGUUCUUCCGGUAGUUCUUCCAGUAGUUCUUCCGGCGGUUCCGGCGGUUCGUCCGACCCAGUGGCUACCUCUACGUUCACAUCUUCUUUGUUCAGAUUUGGAUCUGUAUCGGACGGCUCUGGAAUUGGUGGCUCUGGGGAUGCUGGGGCCGGAUCUGGUGGCUCUGGAUCGGGGGAUGCCGGGUCCGGAUCUGGCGGAUCAGGGUUUCACCAGGGUGGGUUUGGUACCAGAUUCAGCUCGUCUGGAUCAUUUAGCACUGGUUCCGGCGGCAGCUCCGGCGGUAGCUCCGGUAGCUCCGGUGGUCGAUUCAGCUCCUCCGGGGGCAGAUUCACUGGCCAAGAUGGCUUCGGCGGGCAGGGCUAUUACGGUGAAUAUUGACCGAGUGACCUACGCUGUACGAAAUUAGUGUGAUUAAUAAAAAAUUGAGAACUCUUC